CCUCCACUACCGCUAGCUCUUCCAGUACUCCACCACCGCUCCUCCGCCGCCGCGCGCGCGCACGCUUACCGGCCCUUUAGCGUAAUUGAUCGACCCUUCAAUUGGCUGCCAUGCCAGCUUAUAAAACCGUGCACUCGCUCUUCUCCAAUUAACCCAAUGAAGCCAACUACUACGACGAGAACCGUCUAGCUCUAGUACUCGAUCCAGUACGUACGUAGCCUGUCUCUAGAUCCCCGGGACAGCGAUCUCGCACACGUUGCACUUGCGCCUAGCUCCUCGGCCUUCUCUGCCUUCUUAUAUAAGCAGGCCUAGCUAGUGAUACAAGAUUCAUCAACCAUUCAGCUCAGCUCGAUCAAGCUUCCGAUCCAAACUAGAUUUGCGCCAAUGGAGGUCACGGCUAGGACCGCCAUUACUCUGCUUCUGGCGGCCGUCGUCGCCUUAAGCUUCCUCAGCGACGCCGGCGUCCAGGGCGUCCGGGGUUACCGCCACCACCACCACGCGAGGCACACCAGGCACAACUCCGCGCGGCCGCCGUCCUCCUCCCACGCGCCUGGGCCGGCGAGCCCGAGGCGCGCCCCUUCCCCGGCCCACCACGGAUCAUCCCCCCCUGCCCCGCCGGCCAGAGCGCCGUCCGGCCCAAGCCCAAUGCCGGGCGCGCCCGCGCCGGCGCCGGGGGACGGCGAGGCAGCGGACAACGUGUACGACGUGAUCAAGGACUUCGGGGCCGCCGGGGACGGCGUGACGGACGACACGGACGCGAUCAAGACGGCGUGGGACACGGCGUGCCAGGACGCCGGGGAGGGCGUCGUCGUGGCCGCAGCCGGACACUCCUUCCUGGUGCGCAGCACCGUCUUCACCGGGCCGUGCCAAGGGAGCGUUACGCUGCAGAUUGAUGGCACGAUCGUGGCGCCGAGCGAACCCACGGAGUGGCCGGCCAACAGCAAGCGCAACUGGCUCGUGUUUUACAAGGCCGACGGCGUCUCGCUGCGCGGCGCCGGGCUCAUCGACGGCAAGGGGCAGAAAUGGUGGGAUCUCCCCUGCAAGCCUCACAAGGGAGGAAACACGCACGGACCAUGCGACAGCCCAGUGGCGCUCAGGUUCUUCAUGAGCAACAACGUGACGGUGCAAGGUCUGAAGGUGCAGAACAGCCCGGAGUUCCACUUCCGGUUCGACAGCUGCCGCGGCGUGCACGUCCACGGCCUGUCCAUCAGCUCCCCCGCGCUGAGCCCCAACACGGACGGCAUCCACGUGGAGAACACCCAGGACGUCCUCAUCGCCAACACCGUCGUCUCCAAUGGCGACGACUGCGUCUCCAUCGGCGCCGGCACCCUCAACGUCCACAUCGAGAACGUCACCUGCGGCCCCGGCCACGGCAUCAGCAUCGGGAGCCUUGGGAAGCAGGGGACGCGGGCGUGCGUGUCCAACAUCACGGUGCGGAACGCGGUGAUCCGGCACUCGGACAACGGCGUGCGGAUCAAGACGUGGCAGGGCGGGUCCGGGUCCGUGUCCGGUGUAACGUUCGAGAACGUGCGCAUGGACGCCGUGCGCAACCCGAUCAUCAUCGACCAGUACUACUGCCUCAGCAAGAGCUGCGAGAACGCCACCACGGCGGUGUUCGUCAAUGGCGUCACCUACUCCGGCAUCCGGGGCACCUACGACGUGCGCGGCCCGCCCAUCCACUUUGGAUGCAGCGACGCCGUGCCCUGCACCAACAUCACGCUCUCCGGCGUCGAGCUGCUGCCCGCCACCGGCGACACCGUCGACAGCCCCUUCUGCUGGAACGUCUAUGGCAACGCCACCACGCCCACCGUGCCGCCCGUGGCCUGCCUCAUGGACGGCGUGCCCAGGAAUGUGGACGACAGCAGCAGCCUCAAGUGUUACUAGAUGAUCAAGAUCAUACUGUAGCUACACUACACUACACGUCCCUUAGAGAUAAGAAUCAAAACCAGACAAAGUAUAUUAGUGCAGAAAAAAGACCUUAAUUAAAAGCGUGGUCAUAGAGGAUAAAUAUUACAGUAGUAAUUAUGUAUAUAGAAAGGUGAGAAUGUCGUGGUAAUAUGAGGUGAUUUGCGUGAGAAUUACUGGAAUAUGCAUGUAGAAUGUAGAAUGUUUGCGCAUGGUUCUUCAGUAAACUGUGUUCUGAACUUUGUUUCGUC